AUGGCAUUCAACGUUGAGCUGCAGGUACGGCUGAAGCCUGGAGAGGCUCCCAAGCCUGUGCUGCUGGAGGUGCACCCCGAUUGGGCACCAAAGGGCUGCGAGCGCUUCAAGGAGUUGGUGGAGUCCGGCUUCUACACGGCCGCGCGAUUCCACCGCGUCAUCCCAAGCUUCAUCGCACAGGUCGGAAUCGCAGCAGAUCCCGGCGUCUACGCGAAGUGGGGAAACAGCCCAAUACCGGAUGAUCCCGUCAAGGAGAGCAACAAGCGCGGCACCGUCAGUUUUGCAAUGAGGGGGCCAGACACACGGAGCUGCCAGAUCUUCUUCAACUACAAGGACAACGGCCCUGACCUCGACGGGCAGGGCUUCUCCCCGAUCGCCGUGGUAAAGGCCGGCAUGGAGGUCAUAGAUCAGCUCGUCGUUCCUUCGGGCAAAGGACCCGAUCAGCCAACACUGAAGGAGCAGGGAAAUGCGUACUUGGACAAGGCCUUCCCGGAGCUCAGUGAGAUUGUGGAAGCCAAGAUCGUAUAA